CGGCCUCUCGGACCCGGACGGCCUGGCCGUCGAGGAGCCCGCCGCCACGCCCGCGGCGGCCGCGCUGCGCGGGGCCGCCUCGCCGCGGGGCUUCUCGGUGGGCGUCGCGGCCGCCGUGGCCCGCAGGGAUGCCGCGCCGCUGCUGGACGCGCCGGGCCCGCCGGGCUCCGUGGGCGAGGGGCCGGCGGAGCUGGCAGGCGCUGCCCUGGCCGGGGCGCAGAGGGAGCACUCUGUGAUUGACGUGAUUGACCUGUCGUUGUCGGGAACCUUGGAGACGGUCGAGGACGUGGACACGCCAGCAAGGGCACGUGACAAGCACUCCGUCGCGGAGCUGUCGCUGUCGGGCACCCUGGAGACGCUCGGGAACGCGCGCACGCCGGGCGCCAGCGGCGCAGGCACGGCUGCCGCCCCAGCUGCUCGUGGAGAGGCGGAGCAGGCGGUGCUGUCGACCGAGGCGUCCCUCGUCGACCUGACGGGCUCCAACUGGCAGUGGUACCACCGCACCGGCUUCCGGUGCUACACGGCCGCCGAGGCCGAGCGCAUUGAGGAGGCCUGGCGCAGCGGGGAGUCGAAGGUGCGGCUGAAGGCCGGCAAGACCGGGAAGACUCCCAUGCAGAUUUUCUUCGCCGACAUGAUCCAGCUGGAUCCCACCUCGGGCAAUGAGCGGAAAGUCAGGCGCACGGGCGACGAGAGCCUUUUCGGGUGGCUCGAGCGGAAUCUUCUGUGGAUCUUGAAAGGCAUCCACACCGGGCAGCUGCGGUGGGAGACCUCCAAGCAGUACAAGAAGAGGCAAACGGACCAGAAGGAAAAGCAACCUGCUAUCGACCAGUCGAUGAUGGUCAACAUGUCUCAGAUGUUCAGCCCGACGCAGAUCAGUUCCGGCCAGUUCAACAGACGGGCACAUAUCGGGCUCUGGUGCGGGAGGCUGGUGCAGGCUUACUGGUGGAGAAUU